UUCGAUGCACAUCGCCAUGGUACGACAACAGCAAUAAAAUAGCUGUCCUUGGUACACUUAUGGUUAGAGCGCCCCGCUGGUAAACGACACGAUAAAAAUUCGAGUUUUUUGCCGAUAAACCUCAACCUUUUUCUGUCAAUUACCGCCCAGCUCGUUGUCAACAUAAGAAUGUUUUCUCUUGUUCCGCUAAAGCUUCAGAGAUUCUUUUUUGAAUUAAAGUUACGUAAUGGUAAACUGGAGGAGCCGUGUAUGUGUCUUAAUUAUCAAGUCAGCGACCUCGUGAGAUGCAGUAAUACGUGGAAUAUCGAUUGUCACCAUUCACGGACGCAUAUCGUCAGCUGGGUAGCACAAGUUGCCAGAAAUCUUGGAGGAAAACUGCAAGAUCUGGUAAUCAACUGUCACGGCAACGAUGGCUAUUUUGUUCUGGGCGCCGAAUCCUGGCAACUGGACAGCAAUGGAGAAUGCGGUUUCUUAUUGCCAUGGAAGGGCUUAAUUGGAACCAUAUGGAUAAUGUCCUGCUCCGUAGCUGCAACGGAAAAAGGUGAACACUUCAUGCGCAAGAUAGCGAAAACAGUAAAUUGUGAUGUGCUGGCUGCGGUAACUGAUCAACCCAUGACGUGUAGCGGAAAGAUGUACCCUCGCUUCGUCCGCCCACCGUAUACAGGCAGCAUCAAACUGGCAAGACCUCAUGCGGAGAAUAUCAUUGCCCGACCCAAUGCGACGGAACGCUUCCACUUUGUCGACUGUUUUUGUCAGGCUCCUGCUUACCCGCUGGAAAACUUCGUCCCAUGGACGGAAGUGAGACGAGAACUGACGAAAUCCACAACAACAUACCGGUUCGACGAUAAGAUUUCCCCGGAUGGCCGUAUGGUGUCCAUCGCGUCACCGUCAUUUGUGUGCAACUCGGGCAACCGUGUGGCGCUCUUUGCACACCAAAAGCUUGAACCUCCCGCGGAUUGGUCGCCAGAGCAGUUUAUUGAAUGGGUCGUCACCAAAGCGCAGGAAACACCGCGGGGAAAAUUUCGAACGCUGGUUUUCAACUGCGAUGCUGAUUCCACUGGGUGUAUUCGUCUUGGAGCAACGGGCUUCGACAUUAACAACGUGUAUCUUUUUACAAAGCUACGAGGGUAUGUCGAUGUCAUCAGAAUAUUGGUGGAACACUUUGCCCGCUUUGAGCACUAUGGAUCGCGGGGAUGGGAAUUUGCCGAAAGUGUUAGCUCCUAUUCAGGAUGUGUUGUUGUACUGAACAAUGAUGGCUUUAAAUCCCCCAGUGCCGAUUGUGCGGUGCACCGCUAUAUUCAUCGCUUUAUUCCAGCUAGUUUUGGAGACUACAUAUUCGUUAGUGGCAAGCUUAAGGCUUCUCCGCUUCGCUCUGAAUACCUUGUAAGGGAUCAGCUGCAAGAGUAUUUAGAGAAUCCGCAAAUGAUUGACUACCACCAGGGUAAUUUUCUCAGCAUUGGAUUCGAAGAAUAAACUAGAACCGAAUGGGAUUUUAGCCUACGAUAAACGAUGCACCUGCUUGACCGGCAAAUUCAUACUCCAUAAUAACACUUUACGAGCGUGUGUCGCCUUCCUAUAAAGAGUUUUCGUAAAGGAAUGGGAAUUUCUUUUAAUCUCAUGCAGUAUGUACCACUACUACCAUUUCGAAUAUAAUGUAACAUUGUAACCGUAAAAUCAAUGUUCCUUUUAUAGCUAUAGCUUCCGGUUUUAUAAUCUUCUGGGUGAUUAGAAAGUAAAAAAAAACUUCGAUCGGCUACAUAACAUAAAAUGACUUUAUUCUCUGAUUACCGAUUUUUUUUACUUGCGAUUG